AUGCUUCCGAAAAACAUCUGCCUUGGGAUUAUGUUUCUUAUUGUGACCACAGCAGGAACUGUAGCAAAUCUCUUUCUUUUCACCUUUUAUAUGUUAAACAUUCUUGGUGGACAUAAGAAAAGUUCAAUAACCCUUAUUUUUGCCCAGCUAAGUUUGGUGAACUCUACUAUGCUUCUUAUCAAAGGAAUCCCACAAACAUUGCAGGGUUUGACUUGGAACUAUUUCCUGGAUGAUGCUGGGUGUAAAAUUGUAUUUUACCUUCGCACUCUGAGUCAGGGGCUUUCAAUUUCCUUUACUUGUCUCCUAUGUAUAUUCCAGGCUAUAACCAUCAGCCCCCCUAAUUCCAGGUGGGCAGAUUUCAAAGUAACACUCACACAACAGACCAAAUCCAUCUGUCUCUUCUCUUGGAUCCUUAACCUGUUCAUAGAAAUUCCUGUAUUCGUAAAUGCAAGAGGCCCAAGAAGCAACAACAUUACAAAAGCAUUUGAUGGUGUGUUUUGUACUGCAGAACUCAUUAUGGAUUUUUAUUUGAUAAUAACCACAUUCAGAAAUGUGCUUUGUUUGGGAAUUAUGGUCUUGGCCAGUGGCUAUAUGGUUUUUCUCCUACACAGACACCACCAGCAGGUCCAGAAUUUUCAGACCACCAAACUCUCCCCUAAAAGGCACCCUGAGAUCAGAGCCACACAAAUCAUCCUUUUACUGAUGAUCACCUUUGUCAGCUUUUAUGCUAUUACCAAUAAUUUUACUCUUUUUCUCAGUUAUUCAGAUCAAACAUCUCCUUGGAUGUUGCCUACUGCUGUCUUCCUGUCAUUAUGUUACCCAACCAUCAGUCCCUUUAUGUUGAUCCCCAGAGUCCCCAGGCCUCCCUGUAUUAUCUGGACCAAGAAGGAUACCCAUUCUGUAGCCUCCCGGCCUGCGAGAGGCUGCAAGGGUGAGAAGAUAGAGAUAGAGUAG